AUGAAUGUUUGGCUUUGGCCGGAGGUAGAGGCGAGGUGUGCCCCAAGUAUCAAAAAAAAAAGAUUAGUCUUUCUAGUGAGAAUGAGUGAUGGCUGCAUGGCUAUAUCGGAGAUUGGUCAAGCAUACAGAGCGAAGGGACAAAGAGAGGGUAUGCCUAUGCAUGUGUCGUAUUCGUUCUUCUAUCGAGAUGGUUUGCGUACCAGCAGUUUUUUUCCAUCCGGACGAGAUCCGGUAAGGAGUGAACGCCAGGCGGAGGAAGAUGGUGCUUUUAAAGGCGUUUCUGCGCAACAACUUUUUGAAUGAUAAAUCUCAAAAAUGUCAAUCCUGGUUACGCCCUGAUCUCGAGAAGUCGUUAGCCGCGAGAAAAAUUGCGCUGCAUUUCGAAAGAAUGUAGAAUGAAACAGCCAGCAGCCAGAACGUCUAUCAUUGACAUGGUCAUCUUCUUUGGAACUUUGUUUGGCUUAAUUGCCUCGGACUCAAAAGAAGUACUCAACUAAGUAAAAAAAAAUUUAUCCAUUGCACGGCUGAAUUGGCGUUGGCCCAUAUCUGUUUGAUAUUGAAUUUGAAGUAGUUUCUUGAAGGAGGAUAAGUUCAUGUAUUUGUAGUUUCUCAGAAGUGUUAAUAAUGUUUAAAAUUUUUUGGAUACGAAGCGCGAGGAGCGCUACCAUUACUAGAUGUUACGAUAUCGUUGGAAAAAAGAAUUUGGCUUUGAGCAGUAUUAGAACUUCACACAAUAGAGUAGAUUUUUGCUGACGCCUGUAUCAUUUAUCUUGAGACACAACAUUCUGCUGGUCGAAUUAGAGACCGCUAUGCAACACCAAUAUCGGAGAGCCCCCCGUGAAAAAAAUAGCUUACUCGUCACAUCGUUCUGUUCUCC